GUAAAAGCCAGUCGAAACGUGACAGAUGGCGGAAUUCCAUGCACUACUCCAACGGAUACUCACCCAGUUUCCUUAUCUGGACAUGUUACCCCGAAAUUAACUCUUUCCGGUCCACUCCAAUCUGUUGUGAAGCAACAAGAUCCUAUGAAUGUGAAUCUCUCCACACACUUGUCCUCACGUCCCACUUCCUUCUCCACACCCUCAUCAGCUUCUCAUGCAGCUCACUUGAUUCACUUCACCGAUGAUUUUGAUUUGCCGUCGAUGAAGCCGAUCGGAGGAUCCCCACUAAUGGAUGAUGACGAUGACGAUAUGCGCUCUCUCCUAGCAGCAGCGGCCGCUGUUGCCGCUUCCGUUUCCCCUGGGUCACCUCAUUUGCGAUCUUCGUCCUCUGGUCUGAAUACUCCACCUGAUACCAGGGUUUGUCGCCCACUAGAUGUCGAGCUAGAUGGGAGUGUGAAGACCAAUGUGGAACGCAGUGAACAUGGUCUGCACACUGCUGGUGGUGCAGCACUACUUGUUUCUCGCCUCAACUCCACAGCGGCCGCCUUGGCGAAGGCAGAAGAUCCACUUGGCCUUCAACUGAUCCCUUCAAAUACAUCAAUUGGUGGUUUCAGUCCAAAUAAUGCUAUGGAGAAUUACACGUCAACCCUUGGUGUAUCAAGUCCCGCCUCUCAGUUUUUCACCAUAUCCUCUUCAUUGACCUCAGAAUGUCGUAUACUUCCAACUUCUAGAGAUUCACCGUUGCACACCAAUUCUCUAGCUAGUUCCAUAAAGUUUCCUAGCCCUAGCCGUGAUCCAUUCAUCUGUAACAGUACUUUUGUUCGUGAAACUAGUUCACCGUCUACCUUAUCCACUCCACCACAACCCCAUCCCAAACAGAGCUUUGUCGAUUUUGAUGUCCCAUGCCAGAAUCAACGACAUUCAGCAGAGACGGUGGCCACCACCACAUGUUCAUCAUUUCCCACUGCUCCCUCGCAUUAUUCUCAACCAAAUUUUGGUCGUGUUACUGAUGCUUCAGUUGUUCGUAGUGUUGCAGCUACGACGGCAGUUUCGGAUAGCACUUGGGCGUGUCCGACAUCACCUUUACUUCUUCCCACAACCGUUCUUUCCGAUAAGCAGGGUAUAUCCCCGAAUACCGUGGGCCCAAAUUCGCAUAUUCCUACUACUUCUGUUUCAUCCCCUUUUCCACAUGAUGACUGCUUUCCCAUCACAUCCACACUACCGCUAAAAACAGAAUCACCAACUCGGAUCGCAGCACUAGUGACAUCCGAAACUGUCUUGACAAACAAAAUGACCCUAGCAACUGUUGAUAAUAAACCACCGAGAAAUUCCUGCGACACUCCUGUGUACCCUUCCUCUAAUUUACAUACUUUGGGCGGGCGAAAUACACCCUCUCGUUCCACUGACAACAGUGUCCCAUCCAUCCCAGCCGUCGACCACCAGUUUGGCGAUAUGGAUAGCAAUGCUAACAAGACUCAACCUGCUGUAAAUUCAGAGAACAGAAAUAUUACCUGUGAUCAUUCUCCGAUGAACCCGACCACCAAUAACUCUCCCUAUUCCGGUUCGGGACCAGCACAAUCAGAUCUCGUGCAUUCGCCCGGUUCACAACUGAAUUUCCUCAACAGCCAUGCACCGGAUACUCUGGGUUCGCAUUCAGGUGAACUUUGCUUUCUGAACAGAGACGCCUCGAAAUCGAAUGAUAUCAGUGACAUAGACGUUCUCAUAUCAACUGCAGAAGAACCCAGUCCUAUUCCAAACAAUACUGUAAACAAUGGUGAUCAUCCAGAUGAAGAUACAGCGUGUGAUGAAGCAGAGUAUGUUUCCGCAGCCGUUGCAGCUGUAGAAGACGUGGUCUACGCGCUUGCUGGAAAUAGAAAGCCGGAUCCAGCUCUGGAGGUCGACCCAUCUCUCGAAGGGACUGGAACUGAUAGGAUUCUCACCCUCAGUCUAGCUCCGAUCAAUACGAGCUCAGUGUUAUCAAAUUCUGGGCUUGAAGCAAAUGGGAGCGAUACACAUGAUCUGUAUUCUUGUUGGCUUUUGUUCCUAGUCUACAACGAGGUAUCAGCAUGUUACCAAUUGGAUAGUCGUUCAUUUCUUGAUCAUUUUUUUUCUAUCUGCUCCUCUUUACAUCACAUAUCUUCAUUUGCGAACAUUCAGUCUUCUGAAAAUAUAUCCCCGAACGGCAUGGAUGAAGCGCCAGACUCGCAGACGACCACAUCGGCAGUAAAUAUUGCGCCCUCAACUAACUGGGAACGCCUGGACAAUAAGGGUGACUUCCCUUGUUCUGCAUGCAAUCGUGUCUUCUCCCAGAAGGCGCUGCUUUUGAAGCACCGAAUUAUGCACGACGAACCGAAGCAUACGUGCGACACGUGUGGUCGGUGUUUUGUCAGAGAAGAUAAACUGAAACGUCACGUGAUGUCCAUUCACACGACGGAAAAACCGCAUGUUUGUGGUAUAUGUACCAAGGCAUUUUCCCGAAAGGACAAACUGAAGGACCAUUUGAAGCAUCACGAACGGGCAGCAAGGAACUUCGAGUGUCAACAGUGUCAGCAGCCUUUUGUUCAGAAGUCGGACCUCAACCGACACAUCCGUGGGGUACAUCAGGGUGAGCCUGGAGUGGGGAUUAACAUGGGUACCAAGCGAAGAGCCCCAGGUCUAGCACCUGUCAAAUUAAACAAGAAAAAGUCUAAAAGCAAUGGGAGCUUGAUUUCAGCAGGGAAUACCUCUCCCUCAAGCGCCGACCAGCUAGCUAGUCAACCAAACCGGAUAGCUCUGAAAUCGGUGAAUGGCCGAUCAUCCCAAGCCUCAGCGUGCCUGCGAACAAAAUUAGAGGACGGUGGGUCUCCGUCACAACCGUCUUCAACGGUACUCGAUUCCAGCUUGUCCGCGAACAGUGUAACUGCCUCCAUUGCUGCCGCAGCAGCCGCCGCUGGUCUAAACACUUUUCCACCAGCUCCCACCGCUCAUGCUUCAACACCUGUUUUUGUGACAGGGGCUGCUUCUGGACUGAUGUUGCCUACAAUGACAUUGACCCAAGCAGCAGCCCAACACCAUUUGGUUCAGCAACAACAAGCCGCAGCGGCUGCUGCAGCGGCAGUCAUGCUUCCCGGGGGAGCGAUGACCACAAUAACCCAAGCUACCCACCCGUCUGUUUUCGCUUUGCAGCAUCAACAACACCAGCAGGCACUUCAGCAACAACAGCAACAGUUUUUUGCGAUGGCUGCUGUUCCAACCAACUUGACUCAGUCAUCAGCCACAGCACAAGAGCAGCAGCAGCGACAACAAUCGGCCGCUUCUGCCGUGCAGCAACAGUUUCAUCUCCAGCCGGAAUUGAAGGCCGUAGCCACUCCUUCUGGCCCGAUGAUGGUGUGGACUCGCAUUGCGGCGGCUAAUCAGGCUGCACAAGCUCAUCCUUUAGCUGGCCAUGCCGUUUUCCCUCAGAUGGUCGGUUUUCAUCCAGCGGGGGCACAGCAGCAACUUCAACAGCAUCUCCAACAACAACAAGCUGUAGCGGCGCAACAACAGCAACAGUUGCUGCAGCAACACCAUGCAAGUUACGCGGCAGCGGCCGCCGCAGCUGCUGCUGCUGGCACACAGUUGGUAGCGGUCUCGGGCCACCAGCAAGUUGUCGGGGCUGGCCAGGCUGGUGUCGCUAAUCUACAAGCUAGCCCUGUACAACAGUUUCAACUCCACCAACAAGCACAACAGAUUCAGCAGCAGCAGGCAGCCGCCUUGGCCGCUCGUCAACAGGCCGCACACAACCUUCUGUUUCCAACCAGUGGAUCUGCUGCUGGAACAGCUCCUGCAAGCUUUUUCUGCAAUCCCACCGAAGGAAUGCCAGCAGGGUUAAUUUUGGCUUCGUCGGCCGAUCCUGCUAGCUUCGCCUUAGCCGCGGCUGCUCAGGCCCAAGCAGCUGCAGCUGCUGCCGCCGCCCAGCAACAGACCGGCGCUACCAAUGGGACAGUGCUACCAGCAGUCUCAGCCAACGCCUUGUCAGCUUCCGCCCUGGCAGCAGCCACGGGUUUGCAGGUUGUGGCGGGCUACUCCGAUGCUCAGCACGCUGUCGCUCAUCAACAAGCGCAACAGCAGCAACUACUGCUCCAACAACAGCACCAACAACGCCUAGCUGCCGUAGCGGCUGCAGCAAGUGCCGUUCAACCGAACGGUGUUCCCACUUCGAAUUCCGUGACCACUCUCACGAGUACCAAUGGUUCUGGUGGUGGUGUGGACAAUAAUACAUCCACCUCCGUACAAGAGGGUCAAAUUCUACAACAAACCAACGCUCAACUAGCAAUGACUCAGCCAGACUCCGCAGUAGCCAUGAACAAAGCUUUCGAACAGAACUCAUACCUGUGUGCCAUGGAUUCUGCGAUGGCGUGCGUUCUAGACCCGAAUCUGCGUGAUAACUUCGGACCAACGAAUUGGAUAAUAGUAAGUGCCGUUUCAGAAUCUACAACUUUUGCCAGAACAGUCCUAACGAAAUCUUCGGAGGGUCAGGAAGUUAUAGGUUUGGAACUGCGUGCGGACGAAUUUGUCGUCGUCCGGCUGAUGGCAGCGAACCCCGCAGGAGCAAGCGAACUGGUAGACACAAGGUGGCCUAGCGAGCCAAUUGAUCUUUCUGCUUUUCCGCAAACAGUCUUUGUCUAUAUUCUGGACGGUUGA